CCCGCCCCUCCCUCCUGCACCUUGAUGUCUGGGGCGUUGUUAGGGAAGCCUACGUCUGACAGGUAGGGAGAGAUCCUCAGACCUGCCUUGUGCUGCCCAUCGCUCACCUCCUCCAAGACUCACCUAUUCCGUAUGAGAUUCCCCUGCUGAGCUGAACCCGCCGCACCGCCAUGGCUGAAUUCCCCGCCAAAGUCAGCACGCACACGAGCAGCACAUCGGAGGCUGCCAGCCAUGGAGCAUCCUUCAUGAGGCCGGACGUAUCCUUCCUCAGGUCUAUCCCUGGAAUCCUCAUGAUUAUCGAGCUGAUGUCUGCUGUCUCUUAUCUACAUCUGUUGCCCACCAUCCAUGGUCCUUACCAAGGGGUCCUGCCCUCGCUGCUGGAGAUCCUAGAAAUCUGCAAAUAUCAGUCUCAGUUGUACCCCUCCUUUCAGCUGCAGAGUAAGGUGCUCGUUGAAGGGAUCCUUCGAGUUUCUGCAAUUAAAUCCAUGUCUUUGUUUGCUGCCUUUCUCCUCCCUCCCAUCCCCCUCCUUACCUCUCGAGUGCCCCUGGGAACAAUGGCGCUGCCAAUAUUCCUAUUAUUAUAUUGUUAAUGGGUGGUGACCCUCGUCCUCUUCAUCCUCAUCCUCCUCCAGAUACAGAGGAAAAUUUCCUUUGUUCCAUGGCCGUUAGUGCUGUUCAUCUACGACGCCUUGGCCACCCUCCUCUACGUGACCGGAUUCAUCGCCUGCGCCGCCUCCGUACGAGUGGGCGUGAGCAUGAAUGGCCAAGACUACAACAAAAGAGCAUCUGCCUCGUUCUUCGCCUGCUUAGUGAUGAUCGCCUACGGCGCAAGCAGCUACUUCAGUUUCACCGACUGGCGAGGUCCCGGCGCCAACGCGGCUUCGGGUUAAGCCGGUGCUUCCUCCCCCACAGAC